GACGUCCCGCCCACUUUCCAAACCGCCAUUUUGAAAGUGUCCGAAAUAAACGAGCUUUGGAGUGCGUGCAUGGUGAGUCUACACUACUCGUCGUGUAGAGUGGGACUCGAAUCAUCAAAAACCGCCAGGAGCCAUGUCAGGGGAACUCGCAGAGGAGCUGCUACACACUGGGGAUGCAAAGGAGAAGUCUGUAGAGCCGCAGGGGGCCCCUGCACCGGUUGUCUUGGAAGGUGGUGGUGAAGGAGGUCCAGGGAACAGUCCCGAAUGCCAGGAGCUUCAUCAAAAACCUGAAAUAAUUGAAGGAAAAAGGGAGAAAAAGUCGGUGCAGAGACUGGAUCUGCAGAUCGGUAAACCAACAGAACCUGUCAAGAUAGAGGAGGGCAGAGGAACAAAGCUUGGAGACAUUGAACAGGUGGCGUACUACAUUGGAAGAAUGAAGGCAGAUGAGCUGAAGCCCCUUCACAAGAUUUUAUUUAAUCGGCCAGGAGCAGCAGCCUCACUGAAGAAGAACAUCCGGCAGUUCAGCGGCUUCACAUUUGACGUGAACAGCGAUGGCUAUAACAAGAAGAGAGAGGUGGUGAAAAGGCACACAAUGGCUGGGCUGAAAAGCAUCUGUAAAAUCUUGGAUCUGGAGACCAGUGGCAAUCACAGUGUGAGAGUUGACAGAAUUAUGAAUUUUCUCCUGAACCCAAAGACAAGAGAGCGGCCACUGCCAAAGAAGCGGAAGAGAACAACCAGCAGCAAGUCCAAAGCGAUUGUUGAUUCAAGCAGCGAUGAUGAGGAUGGGAACCAUGACAAGACCCCAAAGAGUCGAGAGACCAUAGAUGACGAUGAUAGCUCUUCUGAUGACAACGAUCGAAAAGGUGAAUUGGACUUUGAAAAGUUGGAUGAAGAGGAUGUAACUGAUAAGGAUCCCCAGCGGAAGAAAACGAAGGCAUUACCUGCUAAGAAAUUUGCAGCAAAGAAGCAGCCAGCGGCAAAGAAAAAGCCAGCGAGUCGUAAGCACCCUACUACAAAAAAGAAGAUGGAGAGCAUCAAGGCUGUAACCAUGAAGCAGAAGGCAAAGGCCAAGGUCACAAAAGCAGCUGAAGAGGAAGUUUCAGACAUGUCUGAACUAUCAGCAUCAGACAACGACAGCGACCACUCGGAGUCAUCAAAAGGAGGGAGGAAGAGACCAGCGACGACCCCAGCGAAGCCAACCGCCAAAACCAAAAAGGCAGACAGCAGUAGCAGCAGCAGUAAAAUGACGAGCAACAAAAGUAAAGGGUCAGAUGUAGAGGACAGCUCCGAUGAAGAGCCCCUGAUCAAACUUCUGAAGAAACCACCAACGGAUGAACAGUUGAGGGAUACGAUCAACAAGCUGCUGAAAGAGGCCAACCUGGAAGAGGUCACCAUGAAACACAUGUACAAGAAGGUGUUUGAAACCUAUCCUGAGUACGACCUCACAAGCAGGAAACCUUUCAUCAAGGAGACCGUGAAAAAGUUUAUCUCCUGAAAAAGCUUGCCAUCAGACGUAAGUUGUGGAUUUUCUGAAAGGCUCGAGAAUGAUUUUCAUACUGGCGGUGGCAGAAAUGCGUAUGUACUUAAUUAUGAUUUUUUUUCUCAGUUUUUAAUCUUUCUUCACUGUGUCUUAAGUAUUUUUUUUUUGUUUAAAAUCAUUUUAUAUUUGCUUCUUUGUAUAUUAAUGACAAGAGGCCUUGUUUUUACUUUUUGCUUAAAGAGGGUGUUGUACAGUGAAAUAACGGGCUGUGAAUAAAUAGCUGUUUUGAGUAAAUUCAGAUGUAUCUUCUCAGUUUCUUUCAGUAUGUCUUGAAUUCUUUAACCUAAUUAUGUAAUGACAACUUCCUUUUGUCAAAUGAUAUUGUUAAAAUUAUUUAAUUCCUCUUGAUCUAUGAAUUGUCCUUUUGCUAAUGAAUUCCAGCUGCUGAAUUGUAUUGGAUAAGCUAUGUGUGUGUCUGUUACAGAUUAUAAUGGAUUUCAUAAGCAUUUUUCCCCUCCAUGAUACUUUGUUUGAAAGAAGGUAACAGUGAAGCAGCUAUCCACAUGUCAUAGUUGAACACUCUGGGAAUGCUUUACUUGUCGAAGUAUUGUUUACUUUUGAAUAGCUUUUACUUUUUUAAUAUGGUUUUAUUGAUAUAACUUGUCAACGUUUUAUUGAUGUAACUUGUCAAAACCCUACCUAAAACAUGGAUAGUUUUUUUCGGGUGGGGAAUCACUGUCAGCAUUGAUAAAAUUGUCCAUCUGUCUUAUUUUUAUUAAAUAUUUUAGCCACCAUCAACAGCAGUGUUGCUGGGUGGACAAGCUCUAUGAUGUUGACAUCUUAGUCGUCUCAAUCCAUUUUUACCUCGGCAGGUGACACCUGGAGAGGUGAUGUCAUACAUUUACCACACUCCCAGGAGCAAGAAGAUGAGCUCUGUAUAUUCAGGACAAAUGGCUUAAAUUCAGCUCUGAACAUUUAUUUGAAAGGGUCCUUUUUUCAUUUAAAUUUUUCAUUGUCU